AGGGGCCACAAAGGAAAUGUGAUGAUGAUGAUGAUGAUAGUAUAUUAUCAUAGGCAAUAAGGGCCUACAUUUUCCACUAAUGACAGUUGGGGACUCGUCAAAAGUUGACUUCAUUCACAUAGGCGGAAAUGAUUCAGACUUCAUUCACCAAAGACAAGGUAAGGUAUAAAAACAUUUCGAUGUUUAUCAGUGUGAAAAUUAUAAAGAACAAACUUGUUUGAAUAAUAUAAUGAGUAAUAUUCUCAUUCAAUGAUGGCCAGAAACGUUGCUGUUAAAGUCUUGAUGCUUCAGUUGUUUUACCUGACAACUCGUUCCAUUUCUGGUGGAUUAAUCUCGCGUUAUAACGUUCACACGGGACAAUGUGAGACUUUCGAAUCUUCUCGAUCAUUACUGGAAUGUACAGCCCGUUGUUCGUCUAAUUCGAACUGCUCUGCUUCAAGUUACGAAUCCCGACAAUGUUUUACGUGUCCUAUGAAUGCGAGCAUGGAGCUACAGUUUGGUAACGGGAGUUUCUACUGGCCCAGAGAGCGUAAGGAGACCGGUGUGGUCAUAACUACCUAUGCUGCCAAGUUCACUUUAGAUGGGUUGAGUGGUCUAAAGGCAGGUACUUGGGUUUACUUACAGGCCUUCUACACCAGUUCAAAUGGUUUCAGAUUCCACUUCAUUCAAACCACUGGCAGUACAUUACUGGAGUUCAGAACCCGAGUAUCCACUCUACCCUACGUGACUAUGAACACCAUGCUAAACGGUGUCUUUAAAAAGGAGAUCAAGCUAAAUUUUAACGUGACGUCUUUUGCAAUAGGUCAACUAUUUCAUGUCCACUUUCUCGUCCGUAGUGACGCAUUUCUAAUUUACAUCAAUCAUCAAUUUGUCCAGAAAUACGUCCACUUUUUCUCCCCAUCCGGCAUAACCUCCAUCAUUAUUUAUGAUCCCAUUCAAGUAAUGGAAGUAAGUUUGUAG